CGCACUGGCAUGACUCGUGUUCUAUCAUAAAUCGCUCGCGAUAAAAUGUAAACAUCACCGCCUUUGUUUUUAUCAAUAUCAACAACGUGACGAGGGAAACAAGCCUGGGACGGAUCGCAUUCGAAACUAAAAUUCAGUAUUCGCUAUUGGAGUUAGCGCCCAUCGAAUACUGUGCUACAUAUUUAUUUCAGUGACAGUUAGAGGAUGAUCUAAUCACCCUUCUUGAGUUGAUAUAAAUAUGAGAGCAUCGAAAGCCCCCAGGCGGGUGUUUAUUCAAGUGGAUGCUGAUUCUCCACAUCGCGACCAGACGAUGUUGAAAUUCGCUCGUAGAGAUGCGGAUAUGGAGAUGAGGCGAAAAAGAAAUGACAUGAAAAUGCGUGCACCAACUGUCUCUGAACCACCGUGUGUGAGUAGUACAGCAAAAAGCACCAAGCACGAGGUUAACAAACCUCAAGGAGUUUUGACUGCUAAAAGUGAUGAUACCUACAACCAGUCAUCCAUUUUCGCAUCAUUGCAAGAAGACAUCAGUUUGUCUUUUGGAAGAAACAAUAACAUGGUAAAUCGGUCUCUGAAUGCCAGUUUUGUUUCUUUGGGCCAGCUAGAUUUGAACUCAACUCUGGCAGCACUUCCAGAGUGGUUUGCUGAUGUGCAUAGAAAGCGGAAUACGGGACCUUCGCAAAUUAAAGCCAAAGUGGAGUACAAAGCUACCGUAAAACCUGACAAUGAAAGAACAACCGCUGAUUCAGCAGACAGCAAACUAAUGCCUCCUCCUCUUGCGCCUUCCUAUGAGAAGAAGAUAAGAAUCCAGGAUACCGCUGAUAGGUGUCACAAAAUCCAAAACUGGUACCUUGGGUUUUCAGCUAAUGGCGCUGCUGUAAUUCAAGGCUAUGACACCCAGAAAGGGAAGAACAUCAAGAGCACAGAUAUUGUGGCUGUGAAGAACCUAAGAGAAAUCUUGACGACUCGCAGUACCUAUGUACUUGUUGGAAAUUUGGAUAGACGGAAGUGGAUCAAGCAGCUUCCGAUCCAAUCUGAGAGUUACUUCAAAGAUGGGUUUCCAGAUGAUUGGAAGGUGGUUGUCAAAAUGAUCAAAACACAGCUGGAUGCUGCGAACCAAGUGGACACGGAGAGUGACGCUGAGAAUGAUCAAGGGAAUUUCUAUGAAAUCCCUAAUGUGUCAGAGAGUAACAGACGUAUUGGAACUAAGCCAAGUAAAUUGCAAGUGGAUGCGUUCCAACCAAGCUUGGCUAUCAACAAGGUGGACCAAAGCAAAAGUGAUGAGAAAGUACAAAUCAUUCGUCUAGAGAACUGGACCAUAAUUCUGGCUGGAAGAGGAAAACAUGCUCAAUUCAAGCUGGCUGACACCAUGGCAAAUGUGAGUGGCCACAUAGAGACAAAAUUUGAAAUAUCUUUGGACCAGAUUGUCAUGAAGAGCAGCCUCUGCUUCGUGAGCAAAGACAAACCAAUUGAAUAUCACUUGAUUGGCUUUGGUAUAUUUGAUGAAAACACACCAGAAUUUGUGAAACAAGAGUUUGCUGACGGUUUUCCUCAACACUAUCAACUGUUCCUGGAGAAGUGGAGGGACUACGAUAUGAGUAAAUUUGCUGAAUCCUCGGCAACGCGAUCUGGACGGUUUCCAAAACCAACUGAAAAGAAAACUGAACUUAUCAACCAAACUCCAAGAGAACAAAUAGCAAGAAAAAAGGUGCCGAACAACAUAGCAAACUUGAAGUUGACAAAGCAAUAUCAGAAGUCAUCAGCAGACCAGAUGCCUCUCUCUUCCAAUGAUUUGUCUUCCAGUGAUGAAGAUAUGACGAAAGCAACUGGCAAUACUAAAAAGGCUGCAAAAGUAAGGGCUGAUAUCAAGGAGAGACUGAAGGAGUCAGCGACAUAUGCGGACGAUGACUUCUUCUUCCGUGCAGACGCUGAAUCUCCUGCUGAAGAUGAUUUGCAUGAAAUAUUGCAAACUCCUGUGCAAAAAUUGAAGGCAAGAACUAAAGUUAUGUCCCCAAUGGCUGCAUUCUUGGCAAGUCAACAUGAAGAGCAUCAGGAAUCAGAAUCUGACCAAGAAGAGCAGGAGGAAGAAGUAAGGAGAGACAAAAGGAAGGAGAAGGCAAUUGAAAAAUUUGUAUACCACGAGAAGACACAGAGGUUGAAAAGAAAAGAGCCACAAAAAAAUGUGGCAUCCAAGAUCCGGAAGUUGACAUCUAAGUCCAAAGAUAUGCAGUUAAUGGAACAAUUUCUACAACGAGAAUUGACCCGGAAGAAUAAAAUUGACCAGAAGUUUAUAUUCGGAGAAGACUCGGACCCGUCAGAUAUCUCUGAUUAAAAUUUUGGUUUUCUGUAUUAGAUGUUCAUUUUUUUAACCGCUUAACUUAACUUGUGGAACAAAUCUCUUGCCACAAUAAAUUGAUAUAACUUUUGCUUAGCAGUAAAA